AUGGCCACCGCCAAAAGCCCCGUCAAGAGGCUUCAUAGCCCGGACCUCAUCCCGAAUCCAUUCAUAAAGAAGAAGAAUCUAGAGUGGUCAUUGGAGUUGCCCCAGACACGGUCCCCAAACACAAAACCUGAGCAGGCCGACCAGGGGAGCCCUCCCGCAGAAGCACCAUCUCCUCGAUCUGGCCCAUCGCUCUCCGCGGCCCUGGAAUCCGGCGCCGCGUCCCAUCCGGACCCGGCCUCGCAUUUCUUCACACACCUCGCCGCGCACGUGCUCACCCCCUACCCAGCCGCGACGCCGCACCUCCCCCCGGCAACGGCGCAGCGGGCGCUGUACGAAAGCAACGCGGGCUCCGCGAAGGGGGCGCACUUCGUGGUGCACCAGCACGACCACCCGGUCGCGGGGACGCACUACGACCUGCGGCUGCAGAUCAACGAGACGAGCAGCGUGAGCUGGGCGGUGAUGUACGGGCUGCCCGGCGACGCGAACUCGCGGCGGCUGAAUAGAAACGCGACGGAGACGCGGGUGCAUUGUUUGUGGAACCAUGUGGUCGAGACGGGGAGCUGGCAUACGGGGAGUUUGGUGGUUUGGGACUGUGGAAGGUAUGAGGUGCUGGAGAGGGGGCGGCCGGGGCCGGGGGAGGAUCCGGAGUCUGGCGGGGGGGAGGAGGAAGAGGAGGAGAGUGGUGGGAUGACGGAGCAGGAGAAGUUGGCGAGGGCGUUUGGGAGGAGGAAGAUCUUGGUGAGGUUGCAUGGGCAGCGGCUUCCGAGGGGGUAUGUGUUGAAUUUGAGGCUGACCAAGGGGGAGGAUUUUGAGGGGAGGAGGAGGAGUGAGGGGUUGCUUGGGCGGCCGGCGAGAAAGAGGCGGAGGAGGGGUGGGCCGGGGAGAGGGAAGGUGGUGGUUGAGACCAGUUCUGAAGGGGAGGAUGAGGAUGGGGCCGGUGUUGUGCCGGACCAUGGGGGCGGAGACGGAGACGGGGAGAAGGGGUUGACUGGCGUCGAGAGGGAAUUGAGGGAGCUGGAGGACGAGGGAGUGAGGAUGACGAACGCGUAUCAGGGGGCAGAGAAUAGCGUGGGGAGUGUGUAUCAGAGGAGGUGGUACUUGUCGCUUGACCGGGCUGCGAGCGGGUUUGUGAAGAGACGGGGCAAGUGGGCGAGGAAGGAUGAUGAAGAGGAGGAGGAGGAUGAGGGGAGGUUGAGAUAUCCUUUUUACGUGAAAGGGGUCGAGGUUGAGAGGAGCGUUGUAACGGGGCGGCUUGGGAGUGAAGUCUUGAAGGACGAGGGAGUUGUUGGAUUUGUUAGGAGGAACGGGUGGAAGCCUGUCUUGAAUUAA